CUAAAAAAUGACAUCAUUAAACGUUGUUUCAAAGUGCUUGUUAUUAUUUUGUGUCAUCGUAUACACUGAAUCAAAAGGAAAUACAAUAAGAAAUUGUAAUAUUAUGAAUAAUCUUUUUAAAAAUAUUGGGUGGAAAAAUUUAAAACGUGUCAAGCAUAUAACUUACUUAAAUAAUAAUAAUAAUCUUUUGAGUAUAAUUCAAGAGCCAAUAAUACCAGCUACAUGUUGUACAAAAAUACGAGCCACGACUAUUUUCCUUGGCUGCACAUACGCAAGUAUUUUAUUGGAUAUUGUGACUGUUGUAGAAAAUCAACGACUAUUCUGUGAAAAAAUAAUGAACAAUAAUAAAUUACAAGGCCACAAUGGCACUGAAAAACUAUUAGACAUUUUGUCCAAUAUAACUUCAUUUGCAAAACUAAUGCAAGGCGCCUUGUAUGCUAUUGAAAAAUUGCAUAGAAAGCCAUGGAAUCAUUUGGUAAGGUACCAUAUUAUUUUAAAAUUAGCAAUUGACAAGUUUCUGAAUUUACAAAAUCAAUUAAAUAAUCAACCUUACUCAAAAGAGAUAGACAAUAAUGCUAUACUACAUAAUAUCAAAUUGAACAUAACACAGAUUGAAAGAAAUAUAAAAUUGGAUGUCAUGAAAUAUUGUAAGCUGGAACGUAGUAAUAUAUUUGUGUUAGCAAAUAAAUUGAAAGUUGAAUACAAUAAUAUUCAAUUUAACGAAGAAAAUAUAAAAUUUUAUAAUUCUGGUAGUGAAAUUAUAUUAAGUGAAAUCAAGAUGUUGAUUUUAGAAAACUUUACAAAUUUAGGAUUCGAAUUAAAUUCAAAAAAUGGGGAAAUAUUCAUUCCAAGUUCAUUAGAUGGUGAUUUUGAAGAAGCAGACAAUGAUUCUGAAAUCCCUCCUGCUACAAUUCCAAUUUUUUAUGAUUUUCUUCAAAAAGAAGCAGAAAAUAAAUCUGAAAUCUCUCCAGCAUCAAUUUCAAAUUUUUGCAAUUCACAUUAUACAGAAGCAGAAAAUAAAUCUGAAAUCUCUCCAGCUCCGAUUCCAGUUUUUCUCGAUUCAUUUAAUAAAGAAGUAGAAAAUAAAUCUGAAAUCUUUCCAGCAUCAAUUUCAAAUUUUUGCAAUUCACAUCAUACAGAAGCAGAAAAUAAAUCUGAAAUCUCUCCAGCUCCGAUUCCAGUUUUUCUCGAUUCAUUUAAUAAAGAAGUAGACAAUGACUCCGAAAUCUCUCCAGCUACAAUUCCAGUUUUUUAUGAUUUUCUUCAAAAAGAUUUAAUAGGUGAUGUCACAAUGAAUGAUGAGUUUGAGAUAGAAACAGAAGACCUCACUAAAAAAGAAACACGGAAUUUUAUAAGCUCAUUUAAAUAAUUUUUUCAUUAAUAUUUAAGUAAAAAUAUAGCAUAACUUUUGAACCUAAAUGUUAAAUACUUAAUAAAAUUAUAUGCUAUCAUUUA